AAUUUUGGUACUACAGAUAUUAUGAAGCUUGUAGAACCUACUGCAAUUUCGGCAGUUGCAAAAGCGCUAUCAAUUAUUAUGGCUUUACCAUUUGCGCAUACUUUGAUCAAUCACUCGGAUAAUUUUGUAGCGGAUUUAACUAUCUGGUGUACUGAUCCAAAUGUGAUUUUAAUAGCAAGAUCUUAUCGCUGGCUGCUCGUUGCUUAUAAAAGUUCUUUUGCUAUUUCAAUUGGAUAUUUAAAUUUACAAUUGGAGUAA